GGGGGAAGCGGAGAGGAGGACGGCCUCCUGGUACUCAGAUGCAACCUCGUUCCUUCCUGAAGAAAAGGAGAGAGAGCAGCAGCUUCAGGAAGGAAUGAUGGGUGGGGCCAGGAGGCGACGGGAUCGCUCCCAGGGCCUCACGGUGACUGUUGAACAGUACUGGGGACAAGACGAUCCCACUCCAAGCUCAGGCGCUCCAUUGUCCAGGGGCUGAGAAAAAGUCGCCCAGUGCUGCUCCCUGAAGUCGGUCCCACAGGGAAGACCGGAAGCGCUGCAGCAGAGAGCCUCCACGGCCCAGCUCACGUUGCCGAUCCAGAAGAACGCCGUGGCCAACGGCCUCAAAGGCCCACGAGUGAUCAGGCAGAACUAUGGAAUCUGCUCCCCAGAGAGGUCCGCCUGGCGCCCACGGUAUCCUCUUUCCAGCACCAGCUAGAGAAGUGUGAGAGAAAACAAAGGAAAAAGCACAUCAAGUGCCCUAAGAAAGUGUUAAACAGCCAGAUAUGGAAGGGAAUGUUGGGCUCAUGAGAACACCUAAAGAAAAACGAAAGAAAGAACAUCCUUCAAGCACAUGAGGGAGAAAGCACUUCAAUGCCUGGAAUGUGGAAAGACCUUUAGGCAGGGCUCAGCCUUUAAUUCCCAACAAAUAACUCACAGAGAAGAGAACCCAUAUAAAUGAUGGAAUGUGGAAAGAGCUUCGGACAUAAGACAAGCCUAAUUCAUGCAGAAGAAAAUCCAUUUAAAUGCCUUGAGUGUGGGAAAAGCUUUAGCCAGAAGUAUGCCCUUGCUUCACAUCAGAGCAUUCACACAAGACAGAAGCCAUUUGAAUGUCCUAAGUGUGGAAAGAGCUAUUCUCAGAAGAAAAACCUUAGUAGUCAUCAGAGAAUUCACAAAGAAGGGAGCAAAUUUAAAUGCUUAGAAUGUGGAAGAAGCUUUACCCAGAAGUAUCAUUUUGUUUCACAUCAGAAGGUUCACUCCAAUGAGAAACCAUUUGAAUGUCUGGAGUGUGGAAAGAGCUUCAAGUACAAAAGCAGCCUUGGUAGUCAUCGCAUAAUUCACACAGGGAAGAAACCAUAUCAUUGCAUGAAGUGUGGAAAGAGCUUCAGACACAAGAAAAACCUCACCAAGCAUCAGAUAAUUCACACAGAACACAAUCGAUUUAAAUGUUUUCAGUGUGGAGAAAGCUUUAGCCAGAAGGGUGCCCUUGCCUCACAUCGGAGAAUUCACCCAAGAGAAAAGCCAUUUGAAUGUUUGCAGUGUGGAAGGAGCUAUUCUCAGAAGAAAAACCUUACUAGUCAUCAGAGAAUUCACAAAGAAGGGAACGCAUUUAAAUGCCUAGUAUGUGGGAAAAGCUUUAGCCGGAAGUAUCUCCUUAUUUCACAUCAGAGAGUUCACACUGAUGAGAAACCAUUUGAAUGUUUGCAGUGUGGAAAAAGCUUCAGGCACAAGAACAGCCUGACUUGUCAUCAGAUAAUUCAUACAGGAGAGAAACCAUUUCAGUGCCUGGAGUGUGGAAAGAGCUUCAGUCUGAAGCCAUUAUUUACAUUACAUCAAAGCACACACAUAGGGGAGAAACCAUAUCAGUGCUUGGAGUGUGGAAAAAGCUUCUUUUUGAGACCAUCACUUACAUUACACAAAAGGACACACACGGGGGAGAAACCAUUUAAAUGCUUGGAGUGCAGGAAAGCCUUCCUUUGAAAGGCAGGCCUUACUUCACAUCAAAGUGCUCACACAGACACCCCUUUGGGAGAGGAGUCCUCUGAUCUUUUAAAACUGCCCUCUCCUACAGUAGACCUAGGGCAGCAAGGGGAAUCCUGUGACAGUAGUAUCUUGCAUGAAGUUCUUCACAACCCCUGGAUUCCCAUCCUGAGUUCAGCCAUGAUUCCAGACUCUUCACCCACAGCCAAGGGCUCAGUGAAGCACCAAUGGCAGUGUAUCCGGUGGGACACUCGGACCAUGGUGGGAGAGCCCACCUCGCUCCCCGAAGGCCCUUUUGCUCAGAGCAUACACCUGAGUAAGGGCCUACUCAAGAACAAGGGUCUACACAUGAGGGAGGAGAUUCAGCCACAGCUACUGAUCCUGCCUCGGGCUCAAUAUAUGUGCACAGCCUUCCUGGAACCUUUCUUUCCUUAACACCUCCAAUAUUGCUGGUUGAGUCCAUUUAGAAACUGAAGACAGGUGAAAUUAUUCAGGUACUGAAAUGCUUACUAGGACUUUUAAUAAAUAAAAAAUAAAUAAAUAGGUAUGGUAGUAUCAGUAGAAAAGCUAUUAGUAUGGUGAAAGCUGUUCUCAUAAAACAGACCUGACCUUAA